AUGCCAGCCCACUUCAUCCCUGCCUCUGUUCACCCACUGGUGAACUCCCUGUUCUUCCAGAUGAACUUGUCUUGGCAGCUCCAGCCUGUGGAGCAACAGCAGGGAGCUGCUGCUGUGGUGCUGGCCCUCUAUGGCGGCAGAUGGGUGCUCCAGGGCUUGCAGAACCCCAGCAGACAUCGGACCCGGGCACGCAAGCCUCGGGCGAGCUUCACCCAAGCCCUCUCCGCCGAGUCUUCGAAGCGCGAUCCAGAACUUAAGACUUCUAUGCGUAUCUACCGGUGGAGGGCGGGUGGCGGGGGAGGGGGCACUUUGUGCCAAGCGGGACUUCCCGCUCAAUCCAUAGACGGAGAGGAUCGAAGUGUGGAGGAAGCACAUGCCCGCUGCGAGCAGCCUCUCCUGGACAUCGAUCGCCCCCUCGCCCGCCCCGAGUCGCGGCCGCGCUUCCCCGCCCCUUGCGUUCCUGCUUCCCCAAGGCGGAGCACCCUGGCGAUCGCCGCUGUGGGGCUGGUGCCCGGCCGGCACGUCGCAACGGGGAUUGAGCCCCCGGGACGGCAGGAGCCGCGGGAGGAGGGCAGAGGGGCUGAGGACCCGUGCAGGCGGCGGCCGGGCUGCUGCCCCACCGGCAUGGAGCGCAACUUGAGCGGCAGGCUGGGCAACGAGACCGCGUCCGUCGGGGGUCCGGGCUGGGGCGAAGGCGCGGCGGCGGCGUGGGCUUUCGGGGCCGUGCUGUCGAUCAUGUAUGUGACCGGCGUGACGGGCAACGUGUACACGCUGGCGCUGCUGUGGCGCUCGGGCCGGUGCGCCCGCGGCGCGCCCUUGUCCGGCUCCAUCGCCAGCCUGGCGCUGGCCGACCUGCUCUACCUGUGCUCCAUCCCCUUCAUCGUGGGCACGUCGGUGGCGCAGGACUGGUACUUCGGCGAGCUGGGCUGCCGCGUCCUGCUCAGCCUGGACUUGCUCACCAUGCACGCCAGCAUCUUCACGCUGACCGGCAUGUGCGCCGAGCGCUACCUGGCCGUCACCCGCCCGCUGGCCGCCCGCUCCCGGGCCCGGCGCUGCCGCAAAGCCACGGCCGCCGCCGUCUGGGGGGUGUCGCUGCUGCUCGCGCUGCCCAUGAUGCUGAUGGUCACCUUGAGCCGCGGCCGCGACGGCAAGCGCAUCUGCGCCCCGACCUGGAGCCGCGGCGCCUACCGGCUCUACCUGACCGUGCUCUUCGGCACCAGCAUCGUGGCCCCGGGGCUGAUCAUCGGCUGCCUCUACGCCCGCCUGGCCACCACCUACCUGGAGUCGCAGCGGAACCCGCCCCGCAAGAAGGAGCCCAAGCGCUCCCCCCGCCAGAAGGUCCUCAUCCUGGUCUUCACCAUCGUGCUGGUGUUCUGGGCUUGCUUCCUGCCCUUCUGGAUCUGGCAGCUGGUGCCCCUCUAUUACGGCUCCCUGGGGCUCCCGCCCCACACAGCCAAGUGCAUCAACUACUUGGUGACCUGCCUGACCUAUAGCAACAGCUGCAUCAACCCUUUCCUCUAUACCUUGCUCACCAGGAACUACCGAGAGUACCUGCGCAACAGGCACAGCAACUUCUACCGCUUCACCUCCUCUUUCCGCAAGAGAGGCUCCAACCGGCACUGUUCGUGGAAGCGAUCCACGUCCUCCGGGACCCAGUACGAGUCCGGGUCCGAGGGCCUCAGUAUGGCCACUCUGAGAGACUGCAAAUGAAUCCUAUUAUUUCUCUUCUUUGUUCUGAGUGGCUUCCCCAAAAUCUCAGAGAUCCAGGUGGGC